CCAACCUGCUAAACUAAAGGAUAAAACUGUUAAAUAAUUUAAUUUAAAGUUUAGAUAUUCUUAGACAAAAUAUUAUUAUUUCUUAGUUUCAAAUUAUUAAGAUAGUUUCCUAUGCCUGAAAUCUUUAAAUCCAACAUGAUUCACGACGCUCUUUUAGUUUUGUGGGAUUGUUCUGAAGUAACAGAAGAGACAGCCAAAUGUCAGCAUUAUGCCAAUCAAGGAGAUUCAGAUGUCUACCAUAGGAUAUGCGAAAUUGCAAAGAGCCAUCACAGGAUCCAAAUCUUUGUGGAUAGCAUGAGUUUUCAUUGUAGAAAAUCACAUUCAGCCUCUUCCCGUACAACAGGUCUUUACGCUCAAGCUUUGAGUGAGGGCAUCACUGAAGUGCUCCAAUCCUACAAGAAAACUCUUCUUGAAGUGGAAGGACUAGUGAUGGGGAACCAUACCUACACGUUGUCAUUUGUCUAUAGUUAUGUUGAAAAAUACCAGGGCCUCUUCAAUACUUUGAACAGACUGAUCUCUACUAUUAAGGAAAGAAGACUGAAUGGAUGCCAGAUUUUGAGUUUGACUCAUCAGUAUAUAUUGAAUGGCAAUGAAAUGGUUCAUGAUGCUAUAAUUAAAAUAUUUGCAUACAUAAACAAUGUAUUCAUGAAUCAACUUUGCACCUGGCUGUUGUAUGGAGAACUAAGAGAUCCCUACCAAGAGUUUAUAAUCAUAUGCAGUAGAGAUGAGACUUCUGACACUUUUCUGUCCACCACUCCAUCAAGCUCUAAUACUGAUAAGACUCUUUUGAACAGUUUGCAGGAUGCCUCUCUGGACUGUGGCUUCAUAUUAAACCCUAAAAUGAUACCCCAUUUUAUGCCACUUUCCCUCGCUCAAGAAAUACUAUUUAUCGGUAAAACCAUAAUUUUAUUUGGUUUUGAUCCGCAAAAGAUGAAAAAGGGUACUUCAAUGAAAACCCGGCCAAUGCUAUCUUUAAAAAAGUUUGGAGAUUCAAGAAGGUUUACAAUUUGGGAAGAUAAAGAAGCGGAAUUCCAUGAGAAAUUACAGAAAUUUAAAGAUCCUGAAUUAUUUGAGAUCUAUAACCUAAGAAAUGUAGUGAGGGAGAUUAACGAGUGUGUUACUAAGCACCUUUGGACAGUAGCCGUGGAAGAGGCACAGUUGAUCCACGAGCUGCGACUGAUGAAGGAUUUCUACCUGUUAGGCAGAGGAGAGCUGUUCCUGGAACUGUUACGGCUCACUGCGCAUAUGUUAGAGAAACCUACAACUCGAACUGGAACUAGAGAUAUGAACCAUGCAUUUCAAUUGGCAGCGAGAUCCGUGUUUCUAAGCAACAGUGCGGACAUUGAAAAGUUCAGCUUUGAACUGCCAUACGUGAAGCCGAACACGUCUGUAAAUUCUACAGUGACAGAAGAAUCUUAUUCAGCCGCAGACGGUUGGUCCAGCUUAAUCCUGAAGUACGACUUCAAGUGGCCUUUACAUUUGCUCUUCACCCCUGAAGUGCUGGCACGGUACAACGACAUGUUUCGUUUGCUGCUGAGGAUUAAGAAGACGCAGCACGAUCUACACUCGCUGUGGAAGACUUAUAAGCAGUCUUCAAAUUUCGCCAUGUGCCAGCUCCACAACAAGCUGAUGUUCCUCAUAAACAACCUGCAGCACUACAUGCAGGCCGACGUGUUGGACACGUCCUACUCCAAACUCAUGGACGCCGUCACCAAGACCAACGACUUUGAGAAGCUGAGGAAGGCUCACGCGAUAUUCCUCGCCGAUGUGUUGAGCCAGUCCUUCUUGACGAUUACUUCUUCAACCAACAGCGAGUACUCCGGCUCCGAGUCAACAGACUCCAUCAACAACCCCGUCUUCUGCAACAUUAUGGAGCUGCUCAAACUGUGCCAUUCCUUCUGCAGCAUGAGCAAUUCUGUUACUGAUAGAGAAUCUGAGGACUAUUACAUCAGGGGAUACUCUGAGAGAUUCAACAAAUUAGUGAAGCAACUAAUGCAACUUCUCCUGUCGCUGCGAGACCGGCCUUGCGGCAUUUACCUAGCUCGUCUACUGAUGCGUCUGGAUUACAACCGGUGGAUAAGCGGAGAGGCGCAGCUCACGCAGUCUCUCACCAAUAUGCUACGAUAAUUAUAUCCGAACAUUCUGAACAUAAUAGGCUAUAUAUUAUACACCAACAGCUUAAUAACAAAUUGGACUCAUGAUUACAAAUACUCGACUUAACAUUCGAUUCGCAAUAUGGUCGAAAAAUAUGCAUCUGCUUAGGAAUGGCGUGGAGACAACUAAUAUGAGGAAUCAUCAUUCAUCAUCAUUUCAGCCUAUAUACGUCCCACUGCUGAGCACAGGCCUCCUCUUAUGCGCGAGAGGGCUUCGGUAUUUCGGCACGCUAGCCCAAUGCGGAUUGGGGACUUGGGAUUAUAUGAGGAAUGAUGGUACUGAACUCAAAACUAGAUGCUAGUAAAUAGUAACACUGCCAUAUUACUGCCAAAUAUUGAAUGUAUUAAUUCUCUGACUUGUUUAACGCUAAUGAUUUACGUACAUACAGAUGUGGUGCAUAUUUGUUUUCCAUCGUAUUUUCUCGGAAACGUUCGUAUUUGUCAUGCUACUUCAGUCAACCUCAGUACUUUUUGUACCGAGACUGACUGAAAUAGCAAGACACGUUCGUACGUUUCCGUGAAAAUACGAUGGAAAAUAAUUAUGCACUAUAUUCUGUGCCCAACUUGGCGUUCUAAACGUGCGUGCAGAUCUGGCGAAUGUGCCCUUGGCGAACCAUUAGCGAGCUAUUUGCUCGCGUGCGUCUUUGUAAUACGUAGGCGUAUAGCGCAUUCGUCAGAUCCGGGCGAACCUUACCCUUAU